AUGCAGCGACGAACACAAUUCCAUAUACUCUGCUCUCUGCUUCUUUUGGCCGUUCUUGACUUCACAGCCGCAGAGGCUAAGUAUCGCACGCCAGCCCGUAUUCUGGCCAAACAAACAGGAGCCACACAAUUCGAAGAGGAGCGUUACGAGGCGCAUUCAAAUUGCAAUGAACACAAACAUCAUUUGAAGAAACGCGCCUCCGACGAGGAUGUCGACUAUGAGGUCUAUCAGGGUGUUGUGGGCCGGCCGGGUAUUGAUUUUCCCAUUUACCCGCGCAUUCCAAAGACCUCCUUCAGUUGUCGAUCCUAUGGCAAUGGCUAUUUUGCGGAUAUGGAAACGGAUUGUCAGGUCUUUCACAUUUGCGAAGAGGGUCGCAAGAUAUCGUUCCUUUGCCCCAAUGGCACCAUAUUUCAACAAAGCGAGCUCACCUGCGACUGGUGGUUCAAGGUCAAUUGUCUGGGCUCCUCGGGCUACUAUGCUGAGAGCGCUGAGAUACUGAACAAGCAGCGAGUGCAUCGCGUGCGUCCCUCUGUGCCGGUUCAGGGCUUCAACAUCGUUGGCGGUGGUCUGAAUAUUAAGCCUAAAGUUACACCUGUUGCUGGACAGGCCCGUACACGUACUGGAGGCAAAUCCGAUCGACGUAUUGACUCCACCGAGGAGGUAGAGAGCGUGGAUUUUGAUGAUGUGUCGGGUGAGAAACAGAGAAAGGUUAUUGCCACCAUCGAUAACAACAGCAACAAUGAUGAGACUCAGAUUACGGCGGAAAGUUCGUCCUUUGUGAGUGGAUCAGGGGCUGGAAGCAAGCGACGCAAUAAUAACUAUAACAGCAACAUCGAUGACAGCACAUCGCUUAAGCCCAGCGAGCAGCUACAGUUUAAACCAUCGCGAAGUCGUGGCUCUCAGGAGCGCAGCUCUGGGGCUCAGCGCUACGGUAAUCUUCAUAACGAGUCCACCGAGCGUGCUCGCAACGGCCAGAGGGGGCAGCAACGCUAUCGCGAUAAUGGAAAGCCCAUUGCAGAUUCGCAUGAACGCGGCGCCAGCGAGGAGCAUAGCAAGGACCUAAAUAAGCAUAGGCCUGUUGAUAAGCCAGCACAACUAAAGGGCAGCGAUGCUGACAAGCCGGAUUUCUUUGAGGCGUAUUCAACGCGUUCCGUGCAGCACACCACACCCUUCUAUACGGCCGGAACUUAUUCCACAGCUCGACGUCUCGAGCCAAGUAAAUCAACGCCAUUCUACACCCCCACGGUGCCCAGUGUGGCCAAGACCAAGGCCACCGAGGGGAAACUGAACUACGUUAAAGGCGUGCUCAGUACUGUGACGACGCCGAAUCCGAAUCGCCUAAGUGGCAGCGCCAUUUCCGGCAUAUUCUUAGAGUCCUCUGUGGCGCCAAAACCAACAACUAGCGCCUCUUUAGAACUGGACGCUACCUACAAGCCAGUUGUCAUUGGUAUGCGUCAUCACUAUGAUGUGGCUUCCUCGGGAGAGUUCAAGACGCCGGCGAAGAAGAGCGAGAGUCGGGACUAUUUGCCCACCACACCCGCUCCCACGAGCAGUAGCGGACCCACCUAUUUGCCCAAGAGCGCUUUGGCUCCGAAGGUGAAUGCUGGCGCAGCCGGAGGUGAAGAUUUGCUCUUUGCGCCCAGUCCCAGCCAGGAUGACAGCGUCUAUCGCAAUGUGCAGGACAUGUUGAAGACCAUGAACCUGUUGAAGGACAAGUUUGAGGAUGUAGAGGUCAAUGUGCAGGCGCCAGCGCGUGUCGGCUUAGAAAUUCCACCCUCCUCGGGACCAGAUGCAUUAGUCUCCUUAGCCAAGUACUUCGCCCAGGAGCACAAUGACACGGGCAAUUCUCUGGGAGGCAAGACGGCCAGCAAGGAUGAGAAGCACGCCUUCAAGGCAAAGCUGCCAGUGAAGGCGCCAUCCACAGUUUCAACCUCAGCGUCUUCAUCAGCAUCCUCAUCAGCGGCGGCAGCAUUGCCAGCGGGCAAGCCCUCAGAUACGACAGCCAGCCUGACCACGCCCAGCACUCCCUCCUUGGGCAUUAGCGGGCAUGCUGAUGAUAUUAAGCAUAGUUUGCUGAGCGCCAACACUGUGGAGAAGUACACCACGCUCUUUGGCUUGAAGGAGAGUAAGGGUCGUGUAGCUGGUGAGCAGGAUUUAAGCCUAGGCUUGCUUUCUCCGCUAAAUGAGACACAGGCACCGUCAACUGGCGACAAUUAUCAGCCUUUUCCGCAAAUUGGCAGCACGGGAGCGACCAUUGGUGCUUUGGCUGAGAAACCUGAGUCGCGAAAGAUUGCCCAAAUCUUCUCCAAUGCGCUCAGCAGCUAUCUGGAUAAUCCGAGCAAUUUCCGGGCCGAGUUAGCCGCUCGUGCACGCCCCACAGAACCACCUUCGACAGCUAACUUUAAGCCCGUAACCACUACGGAUGCGACGCUCUUCAGCGAUGGCACGGCUAAGUAUUAUUUGCCGACGAAGUCAACACCAGAUGCAACCACUCCCACACCACCCAGCAUUGCAGCCGAAAUCAAUCACAAGUUCGACUCGACACCGGCACCCGAUUAUACUUCUACUACAGAGCUCUACGAAGGCACCACCUAUCGCAGCUCGCACGAGCUGGAGCUUUCGGCAGAGCUCUCGCCGCCCAGCCCCGAUUCUGGUGAGGCCGAUGAGUUCCUGCAGCAACAGCAGACUCAGUCGUUCGUGAAGUCUCGCAAUAAUUUGCUGCAGGAAUCCAAACCUCAGAAGCUUAUCACCACGCACAAGCCCACUGAGCAUCCCUGGAGUCUGAAGUCGCAGACGGACUUCCUUGACCCCCUGACCAUAAAUGAUGGCCUGAUGAAGGAUCAGCGCGUCACAACACCCUCGCCAUUCACCUAUCUGCCAAAAUCAACGACUACAGCCACGCCCGCACGCUAUAGCGGUCAGCUGCAGACCCUCUCGGAUGCCGUGCAGCGCAGUCACGACUCCAACUACGAGUGGGAUGACAUUUUCCGAAGCUACGAUCUGCCACGGGAUGCUCUGCCCUCCAGCAGUGGACUGCAGCGCAUAGCCAACAAGCUCUUUGGCGGACUAAACGAGCAGGAGGCGCUGCAUCUGAAGAAUGUCAUGGCCAAGGCGGAACACGAUCGUCAGGUGUUAAGCUUGCUCCUCCUGCUCAUCCAGACCUGCGACGAUCACAAUGGGAAGGCGUUGGAGCGAUCACGCAAACAUCUUCUCAAUGCGCUCAUCGAUAUUGACAGCAAGCUGCCGAAGGGCAAGGGGAAGAUCAAGCUAGCCACCACAACCACCCGCGUGCCAGUGACUACUUUCCGAAGAGCAGGCUCAGAGAUUAGCACCACACCCUCCGCUGUCUAUACGACCACGACAGAGCUGCCGGCAUUCACGACAACGACGGCGAGCGCGGCGAACAGCUUCGAGGAGACAACAAAGUUCGAAAUACGCGUCGAGGAUGUCGAGGAUGCGGAUGUGUCGACGACGACGGCGGCGUCUGUGGAGUUGGCCAGCGGUGGCGGCUCAGACCGACGAGCACUGGAGCUGCUCAAGUCAUUAUACUCGCUAGCAUCGAAGUUCAGCAGCAGGCGAUAG